UAUAAAUCACUCAUAGUAGGGCCCUGUGUAUGGACGUACCUGAUUUUCACAUCAGUCUGCCACGUGUACUGCGGAGAGCUUGCUCUACCAGACUACCAGUCUUCCUGCUCUACCGUCUUGUUUCCCUCGCUGCAAACACCACCGGCGCAUGAGGGAACUUCAUUUCAAAACCAGUCACCACCUUCCAUCUGAACUGAAGGUUCCUCCCCAUUCCCCCUCCAGCGUCCGUUAGAUCCACCCACUGCUACUCCUCUCUGUCUCUGCUUCCCCACCUAUUCAAGAAAAUUACAAAAAUGCCAUAGAAAAGAACGAAUGACCCCGCGAAAAUCAUUACAAAAAACCCCCUUUCUCCAUAUCCCAUGGCCCAGGAGCUCCCCAGAAUCCUUUCCCAAAAACACCUCUUCAAACUCCUAAAAUACCAAAAAGACCCUCUCUCUGCACUCUCUCUCUUCGACGCUGCUUCCGCUCUCUUCCCAUACUUCGCCCACACGCCUCACGUCCUCCACCUCAUCCUCCGCAAGCUCACCUCCCCCCCUCACGUGACAUCCCCCGUCCCUCACGUGACCCGCCUCCUCUCCCUCAUCCGGGCCCACCAGAUCCCCUGCUCCGAAGACGUCGCCCUCACCGCCAUUAAGGCGUAUGCCGACGCCUUGAUGCCCGACCACGCCCUCGAGACCUUCCGCGACAUGCCUGAGAUCUUCGGCUGCCGGCCGGGCAUCCGUUCGUACAAUUCCCUCCUUGAUGCCUUCGUGAAGUCCGGCCAAUGGGAUCGCGCCGAGUCGUUCUUCGCCUACUUCGAGACGGUAAGUAUCUUGCCUGACUUGAGGUCUUUCAAUAUCUUGAUCAAGGGUCUUUGUAAAAGGAACGAAUUUGAUCGAGCACUUUCGUUGCUGGAUCAAAUUCGGCGCCGGGGGCACGAUCCUGAUAAGUUUAGUUAUAGUAUUUUGAUUGCUGGGUUGGUGAAGAAUGGGAGGAUGUUGGAUGCGUUGGAACUGUUUGAUGAAAUGCCUGAUAGAGGGGUCAUGCCCGAUGUUGUCUGUUAUAAUAUUAUGAUUGAUGGGUUUUUCAAGAAUGGCAAUUUCGAGAACGCAUUUGACAUUUGGGAGCGGUUAUUGAAGGGGAAAUACGUUUCUCCGAAUGUUGUUACGUAUAACGUGAUGCUGAAUGGUCUGUGUAAGUGCGGGAAGUUUGGUGAGAGUGUCGAGAUUUGGCACCGGAUGAUGAGGAAUGGGCACCACCCAGACUCAUUUACUUACAGUACUUUGAUACAUGGGUUGUGUGAGGGUGGGAAGGUUGAUGGGGCGGCAAAGGUUUAUGGGGCGAUGAUUGAGAGUGGGGCAGUUCCGGAUGUUGUUACAUGUAAUUCUCUGCUUAAUGGGUUUUGCAAUGCAGGUAGGAUUGAUGAUUGUUUUGGAUUGUGGGAUUCGAUGGGACAGGCGGGUCGAAGAAACAUCGUUAGUUAUAAUAUAUUGAUGAAGGGUUUGUUUGAGAAUGGUAAGAUGGAUGAAGCGGUUUUGGUAUGGGAGUGCUUGUUAAAUAAUGGUUGCUGUCCAGAUUCGAUGACUUACGGGAUUUUGAUUCAUGGGUUGUGCAAGAGCGGGUUUUUGAAUAAAGCCUAUCGGGUACUUAAAGAGGCAGAAGGCGGAGGUGGGAAUCUUGAUGUUUUUGCUUACUCUUCGAUGAUAAAUGGGCUAUGCGGGGAGCUUAGGUUAGAUGAAGCAGUUGGGGUUUUUGGUCAGAUGGCUAAACGUGGUUGCAAUCCGAAUUCUGAAACGUAUAAUGCUCUGAUCAACGGCUUCUGCCAGGCAUCUAAUAUUACCGAAUCGAUCUGGGUUUUUUACAAAAUGGUUGAUUGUGGUUGCUAUCCUACUUCCACCACUUACAAUACUAUAAUAAGUGGUCUUUGCAAAGCGGAACGGUUCGUCGAGGCUUCUAAUGUUAUGGAAGAGAUGUUGGGGAAAGGUUGGAAACCGGAUAUGAUUACGUACAGUUCGUUAAUGGACGGUCUCUGUCAAGACAAAAAAGUUGACAGUGCUCUCGAUUUGUGGAAUCAAGUGACUGAUAAUGGCUUGGAGCCUGAUGUUGCUAUGCACAAUAUUCUCAUUCAUGGACUUUGCUCAGCUGGAAAAAUUGAAGAAGCUUUGCAAAUCUGUUCAGAGAUGAGGUGUAAGCAUUGUGACCCGAAUCUCAUUACAUACAAUACACUUAUGGAUGGGCUAUACAAAGUUGGUGAUUGUGAAAAGGUGUCUGAGAUUUGGAUUGAGAUGUUAGGUGAUGGACUACGGCCGGAUAUCAUCUCUUAUAACAUAGUCCUUAAUGGACUUUGUUCGUGUAAUAGGGUAUGUGAGGCUGUGGGAUUGUUGUACAAUGCCUUGGACCAGAACAUUCUUCCAAGUGCUGUUACUUGGAAUAUACUUGUUAGGGCAGCACUGAACCAUGGAACUUUUUCGACAUGAGUCUGUGGAGGAAAUAUUCUUGCCAGACCCAUUAUUUUGUGAGGCUACUUCAUGCUGAAUUAGUGCUGAAUUUGUACAGUGAGUUGUCGGGGAUUUCUGAGAACAUGCAUUUCAUUCUUAAAGGAAUUGAAGGCAUGUCUGUUUCUGUUCCAGCUUGUUUACUUGCCUUAAAACCAACAGCAUUCGUCUUUCCAUUCGCUAUUAUUUUUAUUCUGGUAUUUUUUUUAUUUUUUAUUUUUUUACACUUGAGCAAAUAACGGACAAUUUCAUUAAAAAAGAACCACAAAGCAGAAACACAAAAAGCUCAUGGAAAAGCAAUCAGAAAAACACUAAGACAGGAACCUUGGCCAUCUGAUCAAACGGAUUGUUUAAUCAAAUAGAGAAACACAGCAGGAAACUGAUCCUAACUGUUGCAGCACUUCUUCCAAAGAAUGGCCCUGGCUUACCACUGAAACCCAAUGCCAAAAAAGCCCACUUCAUAAGGGAGCCUUUUAUUUUGUCAAUGAGAGCAGCAGCGGAAAUCUGCCCAUCCUUGAAUAUUCUGUUGUUCCUUACUUUCCAAAUUUCUCAACAGACAACAUAUGGAGUUAAAUUCUAUAAAGGUCUUUUAUUUACUGCUAAUUGGGGAUCUUCUCCAACUGAAAAACUCCUCCAAGAUGCGCGUCUAGCCCAAGAUGUCCUGAACUCUGCAAGUCAGAAAUUACAUAUCUCUAAUGUGACUGGACAAUAAUGAAGCAAAUGAACUAUGUCGUUCUUGCACAUAAUGCACCUAUUGGGAAUGGUUGUACCCCAACUAAUAAGCUUAUCCACCAUCAAGAUUUUCUGAUGGAUCACUAACCACAUGAAAAGCAACCGCUCUUGGGGGAGCUGGAGACUUCCGAAGGAUCUUCGCUGCCCGAGAGACAACUUCAUUAUCUAUUCGCCGGAUGAGAGAUUUAGCCAUGAAUUUUCGUGAUUUCUCCCAUCCCCAAAUUCUUCAUUGGCCAUGAGAGGCUACGAUCAGGCAGUCUCAAGCAUAGAAAACAAAGACUGCAUGUCGCUCAUAUCUUCCUCUUUUUAAAGUUUCUUCAGAGUAUGAUGUUCCAUGACAAGCUAUCCCCUUUAAUUUCCUCACAGUCCUUGAUUGAAAUAUCACUCCCUGACCAAUCUGGACAGCAUAGGGAAACUGCAUGCUAGAGGACAGCUAACCAACCAGACAUCUUCCCAGAACAGGAUAGAUUCUCUGCUAUUCAUCACGAAUUCAAAUCUUUCCACUAAUGUCUUCCUUCAUGGCUUGGAUCAAUCUCCCAUUCCAACCAUAUCUUUCCAAAUUCUGGAUGCAGGCAUCCUGUUUGGAACCCCUAUCUGCUGCCCUGUACUUCUUAACAAUCACCUUAUGCCACAGUGCCUCUCUUUCCUUGCCGAAGCACCACCCCAUUACCAAGCAGUCUUCUAUUCCUUACCCUAAUCUUGCCAAUACCUUGGCUUCCUGCUUCCUUCGCGUUUUGGACUCUCUCCCAUUUCACCAACUGGAAAUUCUUCUUGGUUGCUUUAGCCCCCAUAAGAACUGCCUUUGAAUUUUAUUUAUUUAUUUUUUCUUUCUUUCUAUCCACCACAGGUGCCAGAAUCCUGAAUAGAGAUAAGUAAUAGACAGGAAGGUUGGCUAGGGUUGAUUAAAUAAGCGUUAUCCUUCCACACAAAGAUAGAUAUCCUCGCUUCCAUGCCACCAAUCUGUUUUCAAUCCUUUCAAUAACCAGAUUCCAGAUGCUCAAAGAAGAUCCUUUUGCCCCUAAUGGGAGGCCAAGAUAUGUUAUUGACAAGUCACUAGUACUGCAAUCAAACCACUUUCAAGGUUACGUAGGUGAUAAUCACUAAUAGCAACUCCAGACAUCAAGCUCUUACUAAAAUUGAUUUUAAGACCUGAAACUGCCUCAAAGCAUCCAAGGAUGAUGUUUACAUUCUUCUCCUUUACCAAGCAAAUCAUGAGAGUUCUUGUUUUGGCAAUGGGCGAAACAGGUUCUGCAAAGUUCUUCUUCUUUUCCAAGCAAAUUAUUAGAAUUCUUGCUUUGGCAAUCGGUGAAACAGGAUCUGCAAAGCAACCACAAUUGGCUGGGACAAGGCUAUGCUGGUGAUGAAUUCAACAGUGCAUCCAAAUGUACCUUUAGCAACAGAAUGUGAUGAAAACAUAUAAGAUUAUAUUUAACACUGGCAAUCUUCAUCUUUUGGGCUUAUGCUACAUAGUUAACUAUGCAGGAACAUGAAAAACUCAACUUGGGUGAGUGGCAUCUACAUGAAGUGAACAAACAGUAAGGGUGGGGUUUGUGGGCAGUGAUAACUACGGGCAUUUUGUAUUCAUGAAGAGCUGAAAAUGAAGAACACACACACCAAUGCGUGAUUUCCCUGUUGAAAAUACUUCAACAUUUGUUGAAUACAUCAUCUGUUCGUAGAAGAACUGAGCUAGCAAGGCCACCAAUAUUACCCCCAAAGCUGUGAUUUUCUGCCACUCCAACUCGGGUGAAGAGAUAAUGGCAUUGACAAUUGUGGCAGCCAGCAAGCAAAUCAGUGCCAGGAAUCCACAUUCUUUUUAAUGAGGGAAUGUCACUUGAAGGCGUCCCAUCUGCAAACUUGAAACCCAAGUGCCCCAAAUAUGCAAAUGAAUUACAUGUGUGUGAGAUUCGAUCCAUACAUCACAGUGAAUUUUUGCAGCCCAAAAAGCAGAUCAAAAGCACUCUCAGGCAGGUAGCCGUGUAAGUUAAUGUGGACCAUAUGUUAUCCUUUUCUAGCCAUCAAUCUUUGGCCAUGGUUAUUAUGGGCCCUCCUGAUGAACAAAUAGGAUCUUGCACACGUGCUACAUCAUGUUGGUCACCCAUGAUUGGCAUUGCAUGCGGGCACUUGCAAGUGGCAUUCUCCCUCUCUAUGCAUUGGGGAAACUGAGACAAAAUUCAAACAAACCCGAGCUUCGGCGUCGUCGAGCCCUUUGAGAGCAUCUUCUCCAAUGGCAUCGAACUCGGCAUUGGCGUCUUCAGCAAAUUGAGUGAGGUAGGCGGACCGCUCGUCUAAGUAAUCGGUCAGCCGGACCUUUUGUGUCUGAAGCAUUGCGAUUUUUGCAAGCAGUUCUUGCUUGCUCUUGUCUCCUCCUUCCUCGGGUGGGGAAGGCUCGGAUUCCGCUCCGCUGGAGGAGUUGCUGCAGAAGGAGAUGGUGGAUGUCUUCCUCUUGGGGAGUUUUCUUGGGCAGAGAAAGGAAGGAUUUUUGGGAGGGAAGGAGGUUUGAGUGGCCUUGAGAGUGUUCAUCUCUUUUCCUUUUUCCUGUUUGUUGCUGUGGAUAAUGAGAAGAGAGAAAUAUAGUGGGGGAGAUUUCAAACUUCCUAUAAAGACAUGAAGAUAUGAAAGGUCCAUAAAACUAUCAGAUGCAUAGUUUGCUGUUUAUCUACAUGUGGGGGCCAUUGUUCAGUGGUCUGGACCCUUCAUCUGAUGGGUCUCAUUCCUUGUGGCAGGGAUGAGCAAUGAAUAAACAAGAUUGAAAGA